GAGGUGGAGAUUGGAGGAGAGAAGGAACGACGGAGACGGAGAGGAAUGGGGAGGGUCUUACGACCAGGAUGGUGUAAGGACAGGGGCGAGAGACUGGCCAGGAGAGAGAGAGAAAGCUAAACCUGAACCUGAACCUGCCAGUCUCCAGAGCCAGACAGACCACUCUCUCUGACCAAGCUAGGACGUUCCAACCAGAGGAGAACAAUGGCCUUCCUACCCCCUCACUGUACCCCCCUCUUGGGCUUGUGGCUGGCUCUGUGUGUCCUCCUGGUCCGGGAGGUCCAUGGAGAAGACCCCACUAGUCAUCAGAUUGGCGGUGGUGGCGGGGGCUCCCAGUGCGGGGACUACAGUAACCAGGUGAUGGAGGAUGGGAUGUGCCGUCUGGUGGCCACCCUGCCCCAGACCGAGGACCAGCGCUGUCCAGACAUGUUCCGUUGCACAGACGAAGUCUCCUAUUGGCUGCAUGAGAACGAGGAGAGGAAACAGCAGAUUCUGUCUCUGAGGGAGACCAUCUCAGAGCUUCAGGAGGAGCUGAGGAACCACAGGCACCGCGUCAAGGUUCUGGAGCUGCAGAGCGAGGAGAAGACCCGUAUUAACUCAUCCUUGGAGCAUCGUUUCCAUGAAUUGGAGACACACUAUGCCGAGGCCACCACACUAGUGCACUUACAAGGGACCCUCAUCUACGACCUUCAGGCCCAGAUCCAUAACCUGUCUCGGCUGGUAGAGAGUGUACGGAGGAACCCUGGCUGUAUGAUCAACAUUGUCGGUACCAGCCCUCAGAUGAGUUCAGAGGAGGCCCUGCAUCCAGAGGUACAGCAUGUGAGGAACUGUCCUAUAGAUUGUGCGUCUAUCUACUAUAACGGUGUGAGGCGCUCUGGUCUGUACACGGUGGUGCCUUCACUGGGGGUUAUGCCUGUCGAGGUUUACUGUGACAUGGAGACAGAGGGUGGUGGCUGGACGAUGCUCCAGCGGCGUGUGGAUGGCUCUGUGACCUUUGACCGGAGCUGGAGGGAGUAUAAGGACGGGUUUGGUGAUAUGCAUUCUGAGUUCUGGCUGGGUAACGACCACAUCCAUGACCUGACCAGCCAGGGAGACUAUAGCCUCAGGAUUGACCUAGAGGACUGGAGCAACAAGCACAAACACGCCCUCUACCAGAGCUUCAGUGUGGAUGGGGAGGACAGCCAGUACUGUCUCCAUGUGUCUGGGUUCAGUGGGACGACGGAGGACUCAUUCAGCUGGUACCAUGACAAGCAGGGCUUCAGCACCCCCGACACUGGCAACAUCUGUGCUGAGAUAUCCCAUGGAGGCUGGUGGUACAACCAGUGCUUCUACGCCAACCUCAACGGAGUCUACUACAGAGGAGGCCGGUAUUCCCCCAAGGGGAAGAACCCUCUAGGACCAGACGGAAUCGUGUGGUAUUCCUGGAAGGACUCGGACUACUACUCUCUAAGGAAAGUCAGUAUGAUGAUCCGCCCACGUACCUUCCGCCCACGCAUGUCGCCCUGAGAAACCACCGCAUGGCCAUGACAACCACCCCCUGAUGACGGUCAGGCUCCAUAAUGGCUCGUCUGAUCUGAUGACAUCACCACAGACGUACAUGCUCCACACUUUUACAGUGAAAUGUGCAGUAAACCUUACUCACCGGUCUGGAGAUGGAUUUUCAGUGUGUGCACAUAUUUUUGAAUGUGUGUGGAUAUAUGUUUGCAUAAUGUUUAAAUUUGCAUAUGUGGCCAUGCCACCAAUAAGCCUGACAGGCACAGGAGGCUGGUGAGGUGAGGACGGCUCAUAAUAAUGUCUGGAAUAGAGUGAAAGGAAUAUUAUCAAACACAUGGAAACCACGUUUGAUACCAUUCAAUUUAUUCCGUUCCAACCAUUACUGAGUCCAUCCUCCCAAAUGAAGGUGCCACCAGCCACCUGUGCUCAGUGAGAAGCUCAAUCCUGGAUACUGUGGCAUGUUGUACUAAAGUCUUCUGACCAAUACAGACACAGGAACAGAUAUUGUCCAGUGAACUCUGAGAAACAAGUAUUGAAUGGAAGGGGUGGCACACGUCGAGAAGUCCUUUGUGUGUGUGUUGACCUGUCUAGAAGAUGGCUGGAGUUACAUAGAUUCCACAGUCCUGUACUAUAAUAACAUGACUGUGCCAAACUAACAGCCUAUUGCUGGAGGGAUGAAGGGGAACUUCCCUCCUAUAGAUCCACAGUCAGGUGGACAAUAUACUAUACAGUACAUAAAAUGCUAUAUAUUAUACCAUACAUAAUAUAUAGAAGAGAAAAGACACUGUUUAAACUGCAAUGUGUGUUAGUGUAAAGACUAAGGGCUGAAUCCCAGCUAGAAAAACACAAAACUCAGAUGAAUGUAAAUAUAACAUUCUUACAUUUUAGCAGAUGCUCUUAACCAGACUGACUUAAAGGAGCAAUUAGGGUUAAGUACCUUGCUCACGGGCACAGACAGAUUUUUCACCUUGUCGGCUUGGGGAUUCAAACCAGCGAACUUUCGGUUAUUGGCCCAACACUAUUAACCACUAGGCUAACUGCCGCUGUUCUUAAACUGCAGUUAGCGUUCAAACACAAGGAAGUGUGGGUGUUUACGGCCUUGUGUGCAGAUUGACAUAUUUACCUAUUUGUGUGUGUAGAUUGAGAUACACUACAUGACCAAAAGUAUGUGGACACCUACUUGUCGAACAUCUCAUUC